UUCAGAGAUAAACGGACGCGUCUGGUCGGCCAAGCGAGAGUGCAGUGUGGCCAAGCGUGCUUUUGAAAGCGCGAAACCCCAAGCGGAAACGAAAGCGAAACUGAAACUGUAACUGCAAUUUGAACCUGUUAUGUGAGGAGUGCGUGUUCCCAGCUCCAGUUUAUCUUUUACGAAUUUUUUUUCGAGUGUGUGUGAAGAAAACCAAAAGGACAAAGAUACCCAGAAAGAGUGAGAGAGAGAGAAAGAGAGAGAUAAGUUGAGAAGAAAGACGGAAAUGAAGAAUGCAACUUGUGUGCACAUCAAAGAAAGCAGCGGAAAUUAAAAUUUGCAUAUGCAAAGAGGUGGCCCAGUGCAGUCAUCAGAGGCAGAGGCAGAGGCGGAGGCACAGCCAGUGGCCGUGACUGUGGCCCGGUGCCCCACACAGUCAAUGACAAUGCGGCCAAUGAUGAUGUUGCUGCCGCCCCCAGACCCAAGAAGCUGGCCCAAAGAAACCGAAAGCCACUCUCCGCUCUAAGCCAGUAACCAGGAACCAGCAGCCAGAAGCCCAGCCCUCCCAAGGAACAGACUCAAGUGCCAGAUCUCCAAAACUCUAGACUCGUGCGUAAUCCAACCCACCAGACUGCCGACUGCAGCCUGCAGCUUGCAGCUUCAGCAUUCAGAAGCUCCUCAACCUCCGGCUCCGGCAAGUCACAGUCCCAGCAAUCCACAGAGAUGCCGUCGCCCGGGCACACAUUUUGCUUCUCCUCAGCAGGAUUUAUCGCUUGCUCAGCAAUCGUUCUGCUUUGUAGUUCCGAGGUUCUAUCCAGUUGGGAGGAAUGGUGGACAUACGAUGGUAUAUCCGGACCAAGCUUCUGGGGCCUUAUCAAUCCACAGUGGAAUAUGUGCAACAAAGGACGACGCCAAUCGCCCAUCGAUGUGGUGCCCGACAAGCUGCUGUUCGAUCCCUACCUCCGACCGCUGCACAUCGACAAGCACAAGGUUUCCGGCACUCUGCACAACACGGGCCAGUCGCUCGUUUUUCGCGUCGACAAGGACACCAAGCAGCAUGUGAACAUAUCCGGCGGCCCUCUGGCCUAUCGCUAUCAAUUCGAGGAGAUCUACAUCCAUUACGGCGUGGAUAACACUCGCGGCUCCGAGCACUUCAUCCAGGGCUACAGUUUCCCCGGCGAGAUUCAAAUCUAUGGCUUCAACAAGGAGCUGUACCACAAUAUGUCCGAGGCCCAGCACAAGUCGCAGGGCAUUGUGGGACUGUCCCUGAUGGUGCAAAUUGGCGAAACGCCCAAUCCAGAGUUGCGCAUCAUCACGAGCACCUUCAACAAGGUGCUCUACAGAGGCUUCUCGACGCCCAUACGGCACAUUUCAGUGAGGUCGCUGCUGCCAAACACGGAUCAUUACAUCACCUACGAGGGCUCCACAACCCAUCCCGGCUGCUGGGAGAGCACCGUCUGGAUCAUAGUUAAUAAACCCAUCUAUAUCACCAAACAAGAGUUAUAUCAACUCCGACGACUGAUGCAAGGCUCCGAGAGUACUCCAAAAGCUCCACUAGGUAAUAAUGCGCGACCCGUGCAAAGUUUACAUCAUAGAACCGUAAGAACGAAUAUAGAUUUUAAGCGAAACAAGAAUCAAUAUGCUUGCCCCUCGAUGUAUAAGGAUAUGUAUUAUCGGGCGAAUCGUUGGUCACCAGACACGGGACUCUUGAUACGUUGACAACCGUGCGUGGAAAACUGCGAAAAGCAAUUAAUAUCAUUGCUAUUAUUAUUCAUAUUAUGUGUGGUGAACAAUGCUACAGAAAUGGCAACAAUAUUGACAAACAGAAAGGGCUCCGCUCGCUCGAGGACUGCAGCCACGGAGGUCAGCGGGUCACUUUUGAUGUUUUUAUGUCGCAUUCAAUUUUCAUAUUCAUUUCGGGACUCGUUUUGCCUGCAAUAUUCCUACAACAAAAGCAGCGGCAGCAGCCACACAACAAUUUAUAUUAUUUAUUGCAUUAUUAUUAAUAAUAUAACAGCCGGCGGCGCAGCGGUAGCAACAAUAUUAAACAUGAAUUUAGGUAACAAAUGCGUGCAACAAGAACAACAACCACAAAAACCGGCAACUAUUCGUAAGAACGCUACAGUUAAGUGCCUCGACUAUGUAAUACCCGGUACUUGGGUACACAAAUGGGCUAAACAAAUGGCAGACAUUUAUUUGCAGUGACUAAAAGUAGAAUUUGUGGCGUCCCUAAAACAUUUCUUUACUACUGCUGGAUCUGAAAACCCUUGUUCCUAGGUUUUCUUUUGCAAGAUUAAAAUAUAUUCCCUGAAUUCUGCGAGUAUCGGGUACCAAAAUGUUGAUUAUAAACCAGACAAAAAA